CGGAUCAGAAGCCCUCAGCUGGAGAGGUGGCAGCGUUCCUGCGGGAAAGAGUGAGGGCAGCAGCAGGGAGACCGCCUACAGACGCACAACGGGGAGAGUCAGCGAGGCCGGCACUGAGCGGCGCUAUCGCCGCGCUCACUCCCCAUGUAUCAUCUGUAUCGCAGCCUGGCCGUGGCACGCCGCUGGUGUCCGCCCUGUGUCUGUCCCUUUAAGCCAAGGGGCUGGUCCUGAGGAAGUGACGGGCUCUGAGGGCCGCCGCCUGGGGGAGAACAUCCAGGGAUCCAUCCGAGCAGUCUGGCGGCCCGGGAUAGGAGAAGCAGCAGGAAGGAUCUCCGGGAGAGGCGCAGCACAUGCCGGGUCACUGUACCGCACCACCGGGGCCGGCAGCUGCCUGACUCACCCGACCACCCGUACAGAGCGGCGGUGCCCGGGAGCAGCCGGUCCGGAUGCCAGCAUCUCACCCUGCUCUUCUCUGUAAACUUUGCCUGCUAGACUCCCUGCCCUGGCACCCUCUGCUUGGUGAUGUUUCCUCUGGUAUCAACCCUAAAGUUCUUGUGGCUACUGGUGUUCCUGCUGCGGUGCUGUAGGACAAGCCUCGCUGAGCUGAAAGUCCGCGUGCGUCUGGAAGACGGACAGGUAGCAGAAGAGAGCCUGCAGGCGGACAGUGAGAGAGACUGUGUCACUCUGGAAUUCCGGAAGGCAGAUGGAACUUUUAUUACCUACCUGGCCGACUUCAAACAGGGUGUGAAGAUUUUCCGGAUUCUCAUCUUAGGGGAACUGGAGAGAGGACAAAGCCAGUUUCAGGCUCUAUGUUUCAUUACCCAACUACAGAACAAUGAGGUUAUCCCCAGUGAGUCUAUGUCCAAGCUGCGGCAGAAAAAUCCACACACCGUGCGUCAGGCAGAAGAGAUGAGGGGAACUGAGAAUUUGCAGAUGGACGUAGCAGUCAAUUUCACGAAGGGUGUCCAGCUAAGUUCCCACAUUCACAACAUCUGCUCUGAGGCCAGAGAGGCAAUCUACACACGGCAAGAUGAUGUGCGAGCGUGGCUUAAGAGAGGUGUUGAUGGCUCGAUGUUUGAGGUACUUCCCCAUUCGUCCUCCCUCCCCGUGCUGCACCCCUGCAAGCUCUGCUCCCAUGAUUGGAAACCCUGCAUCUGCACGUACCGUUUAAGCUUGGAAUGGAUUCCUUGUAGCCUCAAGUAUUGCAGAAGUCGGGAUCCAGCUGGCAAGACCACCUCCUACAAGUGCGGCAUACGCAGCUGCCAAAAGGGUUACAGCUUCCACUUUUAUGUGACCCAGAAACAGCUUUGCCUGUGGGAUGAGGAGACCUAGAACGCCAGUGACCUACACCCAUGUGCCGAUUUAGUGAAAGAGAGGACCACAGCUUCUGCGGAGCCAACAAGUACAUUUGCCUUAAAUCUAUUUUUAUACUGUGAAACUUUUUAGGAUCUUCUGAGAAGUAGACCCUGUGCACGUUCACCUUACUUUUUAUUAUAAUUGCUGAGAAGAAAACUGCUUAUUCAUGGCUUUUUGUUUUUGUUUUCUAAUUGCACAAUGACUGAACCUUCUCAGCACUCUAAUGUGCCUUACCACAGAUAUCCUUUUCCUUAUGCCUCAGAAAGGAUCUUAUUUCAUUGUGUGUAGAUUCCGCGCUCCAGCAGGACAUUACGGAGACCACCAGUAUUAAGAACUGUGAACAUCUGGGAAUUGUUUAAUACUUCUCCCCCCUCCUCAGCACGGCUAGAUUACUUGACACCUGUUGCUGGUCCGAAGUGAGACAACAGGCUGAAUGUCACAGAUUCUCUAUGUGCCUUCUUCAUUCUAUAUGAUGUAUUUUUAAUAUAGUUCAGAUAUUUUUGUAUGAAGAUGCCUCAUUUUUGUUUUGUUUUUUUGUAUCAAAGCAAGGCGAGGAAAAUAAAAACUUUUUGAACAAAAUAUUUAUAAUUUGUAAAAUAAAUAAAAUGAUUUUUAAAAUUGCA